AUGCACCGUUACCUACUUGUUCUCACACUCUGUGUUUUAGGCUAUCAUCAAGCCAUCCCAACAAGCGCAUGCUUCGAGACCGAAAGGAAGGCGCUCCUCGCCUUCAAAGCCGGCGUUAUCGACGCCGGCAACCGCUUGUCUUCAUGGGCAGGUCGGGACUGCUGCAGUUGGAACGGAGUAGCCUGCGACGACAACACCGGCCACGCCGUGAAGCUCAACCUUCGAAACAACUACAUGGAUCAAGACUACAUGAACUCGUCGCUUUAUGAGCUGCGCGGUGAGAUCGAUCCUUCCUUGAUUGUUUUACAUCAUCUAGUUCACCUCGAUCUUAGCGGGAACUAUUUCGCCGGAAGCACCGUCCCGGAAUUCAUCCGUUCAUUUAAUAAUCUGACGCAUCUUGAUCUCUCCUUUUGUGAAUUUAGCGGCAGAAUACCUCAGCAACUUGGAGAUCUCUUUAAUCUUCGCUUUCUCGAUCUCUCCUGGUCGAGCUUAUUCGUAGGUGCACCGCCUCCUUCACUGGGCAAUCUCUCCCGUCUCCACACUCUUGUCUUAGAAUUCGCUUUCCUUUCCAACGGCCCCAGCGUUCGUGACCUUUCGUGGCUCUCUCGUUUAUCUUCUCUCAGAUAUCUCGCCAUGAGCGGGGUGAAUCUAUCUGGUGCUGCGGAUUGGUUGCAACACAUUAACAAGCUGAAGUACAUAAUUGAGUUGUCUUUGGUGACCUGUAGUCUUAGUAACAUCCCGUACUCUUUGUCUCAUGUCAACUUUACAUCCCUAAGGAUCCUUGAACUUGGAGCAAAUGGUCCCUUCGGUGUCCCCGUGCCUGCUUGGUUGUCGAACCUUACCGACCUUUCCUAUCUAGAUCUAAAUUAUUGUGGAUUUCAUGGAAAGAUUCCCGACGCUCUCGGAAACUUGGCUUCUCUUAGCAACCUGCUUUUAGGAUACAAUCGUCUCGACGGUACCGUACCUGAAUCGCUCCGAAACUUGUGUAAUUUGCGAGUCGUUGAGUUGAACAAUCUUCGCAUCGGCGGAGAUGUUGCACAAGUGGUAGAGACAUCGCGCUGCUCAUGGAAGAGCCUUGAGAUGUUGAAUUUGGAAAAUAACGAGCUUCGAGGGAAUUUAUCCGGGUGGCUAGAGCAGUUGGAGAAUGUGAGCGCUGUUUAUCUGAGCAACAAUUCACUUGUUGGAACCAUUCCUUUUGGAAUCCGGAACCUUUCGAAUCUACGUUCGUUGGAUCUUUCUUUUAACUCCUUGCAAGGUGUUGUAUCCGAAGCUCAUUUCGCCAACCUAUCCAACUUGAAGGCGAUUUUGCUCUCCUCCAAUUCGUUGGUCAUCGAUGUCGACGAGAACUGGGUUCCUCCGUUUCAGCUCAUGGUUCUUAUGUUAGGCUCCUGUGAAUUAGGAUCCCGGUUUCCGGCAUGGCUCCGAUGGCAGACGCAGCUCGACGAGGUGGAUUUAUCGAACACGAGCAUCUCAGGCACCGUGCCUGAGUGGUUCUGGAACUCGUCAGCAAGUAUGGUAGAUCUCUCGUAUAAUCAACUCGUAGGCGAAUUGCCGUUAUCUUUGCAAUUCUCAAGGCUUGUUUUGCGGUCCAAUCGAAUCGAAGGUCCAAUACCGUCAUCUUUGCCGAAUCACCUCUACUUAUUAGACCUCUCUGAAAAUUCUCUUUCAGGGCCACUUCCACUAUCCUUAGAUAUUCCGUCAUUAAAUUUUUUAUUUCUGUCGAGCAAUAUGAUUAAUGGAAGUAUCCCAUCAUAUAUGUGUGACUUGGAAUAUCUGACGAUCUUGGAUCUGUCGAAGAACUCUUUAUCGGGAAAACUACCUCUAUGUUGGCAGAGCUCAAAUCUCCAAAUCUUGGAUUUGUCGAUGAAUAACCUUUCCGGUGAAAUUCCAGCUUCCAUUGGCUCAUUGAGCUUCCUUACAUCGUUACAUCUCAACGACAAUCGCUUCUACGGAGAAAUCCCUACAUCUUUACAGCAUUGCACGGAUCUAAUUUUGCUUGACCUGAGUAGAAACAGGUUCUCAGGACAGAUCCCAGCUUGGGUAGGUGAGAGCCUGCAGGAUCUAGUAUUUGUACAGUUGCGAUCAAAUAUGUUUUCCGGCAAUAUUCCUAAUGUGUUGGCACGACUGCCAUACCUCCAUGUUCUAGAUCUUGCGCAUAACAAUCUGUCGGGACCAGUACCGCGUUCUUUUGGCAAUUUUAGUGCUAUAAUCCCUCCACUCGCAGAUUAUAUUCGAGGCGGAUAUACGAUUGGCCAAGACACGGACAUCCUUUUUGACUUUAGGGAUAAUUUACUUCUUAUAAUGAAAGGGAAUGAAUUUCAGUACUCGACCAUCCUCUACCUUGUCAAGAUUAUCGACCUCUCAGGAAACAAUCUAAGUGGACAAAUCCCCGAAGAAAUAGCAGCACUUCACCUACUGCAAAGUUUGAACUUAUCGACGAACCAUUUAACAGGACGGAUACCGGAAAAAAUAGGUGACAUGCAUUACUUGGAAUCUCUUGACCUCUCACUAAAUGAGCUUUCAGGCGCUAUUCCGCAAAGCUUAUCGGAUUUGACCUUCUUGAGCCACUUGAAUCUAUCCUACAACAACUUAUCAGGGCGUAUUCCGACGGGGAGUCAAUUGGACCGGCUCAACGAUCCGUCAAUCUAUACAGGCAAUUAUUAUCUUUGUGGACCUCCGAUUAAACAUAACUGUUCCAAAGAUGACGCAAACCCUUAUACUAAAAGAGACGACUAUAAUGAAGCUGUAUGGUUAUACGUUGGGAUGGUUCUAGGAUUUAUCGCUGGAUUUUGGAGCGUGUAUGUUGUUCUACUAUUCCGAAGAUCGUGGAGGAUUGCUUAUUUUCAAAUGAUUGAUAAAUUAUUCGAUAAUAUAUACGUGAUGGUCGUGUUAAGUUGGAAGAGAUUGAACAGAAAAACUGGUGGAGAAAGACCUAUUUCUUGAAGGAGUAGGCUAAUGGCACCUUAUAAGGUUUAUAUACCAUCUCGCUGUUUCCUUAUUUCAGACUUAUUUUGUGUUGUGUUUCUCGUUUUUAUUUGGCGUGGAGUUUGUCAUCUCAACUGCACCACAUGUAUCUUGUAAUAAUGUGCCGUACUAUCCAUUACAAUAAUUUGGAGUAUAUAUGUUGCCUGAUCGUUACCUUGGUUUUGAAAAUUUUCUAGGCAAACUCAAAACAAUAAAUAGCAGAUUUCGAAAUGUAAGUUCGUAGAACGGCUC